AUGUCCUCGCCCACUAGAUACAACAGAUCGGUGUUGUCGCCCAAGCCAAGCAACACCCGGCCCUCGCCAACGAAGGCCAAUUCAUUUGAGUCGCCUAUUGCAAACCAUCGCUUAAGGUUAGUCUCCCCAUCAAAGCUGCACCUGCAACCCAUUUCCAGGAAAUCAUCACCUCCAAAGAAACAGCAGCCAGGCCAGCUUUCUUUCAAGAUUUUCGAAGAUCCAAUCAAGCCAUCAUCACAAGAUUCAGCCGAGGUCCGAGAAGAAGAAGACUUUCCAUCCUUAGACAAAGAAAACAAGUCUAACUCAAAGAGCACCCCACUUUCCAACAAGCAAAAUCAUUCGGACCAGGAAAAUAUCCUCCAACCUUCAAAAAGGGGACUUAUUAGGUCUCCAUCUUCAUUAUCUGUCAAUAGAGCACCUUUAGCUCAGUUGAACGUUCACGAUUUCCCCGGCUACAUAACCAGUGCCUUUGGCAAUGGGUUUGGUAGCGGAGCUCACAGACCAAUGAAGUUGACCGAGCCAUGGAUCCCCCCUAAUUCCAACAACGAGCAGAAAUCUCUUCAAAAGUUCCAUACUGGGAUUCCUUCAUUCAUAACCCCUCCAAGAAACCUGAGGUAUAUCAGACUAGAUGCAGUCAUGAAGGACUUUGCGUCAACUACAUUGACUGAGAAGUACUUAUUUAGGUCUAACGUUCCUAUGUUUGACGAAGAGGAAGAAUUGAGAGAGGAAAGCUUACAGAAGCAACAGCAAAAUGAGGAUGAAUUGGAAAUUCAUCUUCAACGUAAAGCCAAUCGCAUCCAAACGAGGAAAAGAAGUCACUCAGUUGGCAAAAAUGAAAGUAAGUUGAAGUUGGUCAAGAAGAACAGCUUUACAAUUUUGUCAACCUGA